GACUUCUAUUCUAUUUACUUAAUUUGCCAUCUCAAUUUUCAAUCGUUUCUAGGGCUUGUUUCAAUCGAUGGACGAAAACAUGGCGUCCGCUGCAUAUUACCCUCCACCACCUCACCAACCGCCACCGCCCGGUUACUACCCCACCGCAUAUUAUCCUCCUCCUCAUGUCGCCGCUCCACCUCCACCGGCACCAUAUAUUCCACAACCACCACCUUUCGCCACGUACGCUCCGCCCUACGACCCCUACGCCAGUCAUUAUCCCGUCCGAACACUCUUCGUUGCCGGUCUACCAGAAGAUGUAGUGCCUCGUGAAAUUUACAAUUUAUUCCGUGAAUUUCCUGGUUUUGAAUCUUCUCAUCUACGCAAUCCGACUCAAACUUCUCAGGCGUUUGCUUUUGCUACAUUUAGAGAUCAGCCGUCUGCUGUUGCGGCUAUGCAUGCCCUAAAUAACAUGGUUUUUGAUCUUGAGAAAGGCUCAACCCUCUAUAUAGAUCUUGCAAAGUCUAAUUCAAGAUCUAAGCGUUCGAGAUCGGAUGAUGAAUGGCUUGGUUCGGAUAAGAAACCUAAAGCUUCCCCUUGUAUCCCAGAUGGAACUCUUGAUUCAGCAGGUUUUGGCAGCGUUCACUUGCCUGGAAUGGGUAAUUCUGCUCACAACACGAAUGAAUAUCCAUCUGCACAAAGUCAUGGAAGCUUUGAUGGCAGGGCUAAAAGUGAGAAGGCAAACAUAAAUUUUAACAAUGCAUCAGCACCGCCAUGUCCAACACUUUUUGUUGCUAAUCUGGGUCCGAGUUGUACAGAGCAAGAGUUAACUCAAGUGUUUAUGAGAUAUGCAGGUUUUUUGAAAGUGAAGAUGCAAAGCACGUAUGGGUUGCCAGUUGCAUUUAUUGAUUUUCAGGAUACCGCAUGUUCAACUGAUGCACGGAAUCAUCUGCAAGGCACAGUUCUAUACUCUUCAACAGGUGGUGAGGGCAUGCGGAUAGAAUAUGCAAAAUCAAGGAUGGGAAUGAGGAGGAAGCCAAGGAUCUAAAGCAAUAUACUUCUUCAAAAUUGAUUAUAUGAUCAUGAUCACGGUCUUAAGUGGCAGAGUUUGCUUGUAGUUCCGGAAAAAAAGGAAAAGAAGAGUAUGCUUAUCGACAAUUGCAUGUUUCAUAUAUACCGGCAUGAUGCUUCGUUACUUUUGUCUUACAAUGUGCAAUUAAGAAAAAAGUAUUAAAGUCGGAAACAUUGAGUUAUUUCGUGUUCCUUUUCUAAGCUUAUUCAGACAUGAAAGACAAUCAUCUAGCAUCUCGAAUUACUACUCUUGAAGUAAAUAGGUGACAAAAUAUUACCGUAAGUUCAGAAAGAAAUCAUUUGAAUCUGAAUGGAAUUUUUUAUACAAACCCAGUUUAUUCUAUA